AUGGCUUCCCUGCAACAAAAGCGCCCCAGCAUCAGUAACUGGUUCUCCUCGCUGCGGCGCCAACCAAAGACCAAGAAGGGUCCCAGUUUGGGCAGUAGCGGAAGCUUUGGGAGCAAACAGCAACUGCAGAGAAGCUGCUUCGAUCUCUCCUCGACAGUCGUUGGAGGAGUCGGCAUACCGGGCUUCAAUGUGGAAGGAGUGGGCUUCAGUGUGGAUCGGAAUAGCCGGAGCAACAGCACCUUCUACAUAAAUCCGUUGAAUGCAUCCAAGGAGGAUCGACGACGUCUGGUGGAGAAUGGCAGCAGCAGUGGCGACAGCAGCAGUCGCAGCAGCAGCGUCUGUGUGCGAUGCUUCUGCAAUCUUUUGUCGAAGAGCGAAGAGAAGACGCCCACUCCAACUCCCUUGCCACCCACACCUCCACCGAAGCCGCCAGCCAAGCCCCGCUCCCCCUCGCUGGCGCCCUACACGAGUGUGGCGACAUACAACAUCACGACCUUGACGCCCGAGAGCCCACCACCCGCCAGUCCCACGCUAAGCAGCGAGACGGUCAGCUGCAGCGAUGUCAGCCGCAAGGUGGAAGUAAAGCGACUGCCCUGCCAGGAGCUUAACACGGAGCUGUACAGCAAGAGAUCGGAGUACACGCACAGCACCACCACGACGACCACAAGGACGCUGAUACUGUCGCGACCCGUGGAACUGCUCCUCAAUGACAAAGGGGAGAUAAUCUCGCGAAGAUCUCCGCUCAAGACUCGAUCCAAUUCGCUGGGAUGCAUGCUGGAUGCGGAGGAUCUGUCGGAGACGACCAAUGGGGGUCUCGGAGGCAUGGAUAAUCCCUGCUUGCAGCUCGAUACGGAUCUACCGAGCUCCGUUUUGAGUUCCCCGCUGACACCCGAUGCGGGGGACAUGCGUUUCAUUGAUGAAAGCUCCAAUUCGCAGAGCGAAUCCGAUCGGAAUUCCAUCAGCCAUCCCAAACAUAACAACAACAACAACUCCAAAGAGCAGCAUAAUAACAAUAAUAAUAGUAGUACUAGGAGCAGCCAGGAGUCGAAUCUCUGCGAGAGUUGUCGCCAUUUGAUCGAGAGAAACCUCAGCAAUGCGGAGAAGCAGAUCAACAGCGAUGUGGUGAUACCCAGGCAACAUCCAAAGCAAAUCAAAGAUGAAUUAUGCGAAGUUGUCUCGGAAAUGGAGGCGCUCGAUGUGCCCGAAGACUGCAAGCAUUCCAACAAGGACAAACAAAUGUCCAUUGGGCGAAAAAAGUUCAAUAUGGAUCCGAAGAAAGGCAUUGAGUAUCUCGUAGAGAACCGACUGUUGCGUCACGAUCCCCAGGAUGUGGCGCAUUUCCUCUACAAGGGCGAGGGCCUUAAUAAAACGGCUAUAGGCGAUUACCUCGGAGAAAAGAACGAUUUCAACGAGGAUGUCCUCAAGGCCUUUGUGGCGCUACACGACUUUACCAAUCUAAUUCUAGUGCAAGCCCUUAGACAAUUUCUCUGGUCAUUUCGGUUGCCCGGCGAGGCUCAGAAAAUCGAUCGAAUGAUGGAGUGCUUCGCACAGCGUUAUUGCCAGCUAAAUCUGGACAUUUUCACCAACACGGACACGUGCUAUGUGCUAAGUUUCGCCAUUAUAAUGCUCAAUACAUCGCUUCACAAUCCAUCGGUCAAAGACAAACCCACCGUUGAGCAAUUCAUCUCGAUGAAUCGGGGCAUCAACAACGGCGGUGAUUUGCCCCGCGGCCUUUUGGAGUCCCUCUACGAGUCCAUACGCACGGAGCCAUUCAAAAUACCCCAAGACGAUGGCAACGAUCUAAUGCACACCUUCUUCAAUCCCGACAAGGAAGGCUGGCUGUGGAAGCAGGGCGGCAGAUACAAAUCGUGGAAGAGGCGCUGGUUCAUAUUGAACGACAAUUGUCUCUACUACUUUGAGUACACCACGGACAAGGAGCCGCGUGGCAUUAUACCGCUGGAGAAUAUAUCGGUGCGGGAAAUACACGAUCGCAGCAAACCGCAUUGCUUCGAGCUGUUUGCCUGCGGCGGGGCCGAUAUAAUCAAGGCCUGCAAGACUGACUCCGAGGGCAAGGUGGUGGAGGGCAAGCAUACCGUGUACCGCAUGUCCGCCGCUACGGAGGAGGAUCAGCAGGAGUGGAUAAAGCGGCUAACGCAGUCCAUCAGCCACAAUCCGUUCUACGAUAUCCUAGUACAAAGAAAGAAAAAGGCGCUCAGCAAGAGUUAGUAUUAAGACAGAGCUAAGCCUAACAUUUGUCUUGGAUCUCAGUGAAACACUGCAGCGCGUGUGUGGCCAUGGCGGCAGUGACGUCCGUGCAGGCGACUCUCCCCAUAUUUAUACAUCUACAUACUACAUUUUAUUUAUACACAUAAACGAUUUAUUGUUCGUUAUUGUGUAUGUGUGUGUGUUUGUGUGUAUGCUUGAGAAAUUGCAAUAUUUAAUAAUUGCGAGAAUAUCUCUGUAGAUUCAACUUGUGGUUUGAUCCACACUCUGCCGCCUACGCCACCCCGUCUCACCGCCCUGCCACACGCCGACGCACUCCGAACCGUAAAAUUUGUCUCUAUUGUUGUGAUAUAAUUUAUUUAAGCAUUAAGCAAUACAAUACAGAAGAAACAUAAACAGAGAUCAUGAAAUUGCAUCGAUAAGAAAUACACAUCUAAAACCAAAACAUUUUGAAAUUAGUGCAAAUUACCUUUAGCUUCAUUGUACGCCUAAGUCUACUAAUAUGUCUUUCAAAUUAGAGCACGAACCACUUAAGCUGUAACCACCCUCCAUGGAACAUUAAUUUACGAUAGAUGAAUGGAUGGGAAUUAGAACUAUGAAGCAUAUCCCAGCAGCCGCCAAACCCCUCUUUGAUUAUUCGUAUCGUAUGUUUGUUUGAUGCAAAUGAAAAAUGGCUGAAUAACUUUUGCUUGGCAAUUAUUAUAUGUAUUGUGUAGACAAAGAAAAACAAAAGCGUUUCCUUUUCUGAGAAUUGUAUUUGUAUUGUAAAUGUAAUGCCAACGCUCAACCACGAAUGAAAACUGAAAAUUUUAAAAAAUGUGCUUGCACUCUUGAAUUAACAGAUCCAAUACCGAAAUGCAUUUAUAUA